UGGUGCUAGUAACUGUUUUCUCAGUUGUGUGGGUGCUCUCUCUGAUGCUAAAUGUGGGGCCCUCGCUUUCUUCUUGUAAUACCAGUGUAAGUAUUCAAGAUUUGGCCUGCCAUCUGCACUGGAGCUGUUCUGAUAUUGGCACCAACACCACCUUUACUGUGCAGACCAAGGUCCAGGGGUCAGAGUGGCAGAAUGUUUCUGAGUGUGUCCAGAUGUCCUCUAACAGCUGUGAUCUGUCUCAAACCUUCACUGAUUUCUAUUUGUACAACUUUGUAAGGCUGGGAGUGAACCACAGACAUAAUGAGCCUCAGUGGCUAACAGAGAAGCACUGUAACCACCUGAAAGAUAGUUAGUAUCUAGCAUGUACUUCUUUACUCUUAACA